AUGUGGAUCUGGUUGCUACCAUCAUUGCUACCGGUCAUUCCCGCUCUGUUAACUAGUGGAUUCAACAUAUCCGAGCCUACGUCGACUGAAUCACCGCUGACGGACGCUGCCGUCACUGUAAUUACCCAAUUCUUCGAAGCGAACUCUAACCAACUCUACAUACGGCGUCGUGCCAACGAUCCACGAAGUGCAUUCCUUCAGCGUGACAUUAUCAACCAGAUACUGCUUCAGAUUCAGUCCCGUAUCGCCGUGCAGGUGGAAACCAACCUGACAGAGCUGCCAGAUCAACCCAGAGCUCAUAAUGUAUUCCUGGUAGAUGACUACGAAGCCUUCAAGCUGAUAAGCAAUGGAAUGAAGGUUCGAACGUACGAUUAUACCGGAUGGUUUCUGGUGAUCGUUAGUGACACCUCCGGGAAUAGUUACCACACGGUGCAGGAGAUCAUGGAUGACCUUUGGUCGCACUACAUCGUAAAUGUAGGCGUUCUCAUGAUGUACGACGAUUCACCCGAUAAGGCGUAUUACUACACGUAUUUUCCAUUCGGACACGGAUACUGCGAGGAUGUUCGUCCAUGGCUGUGGAAGGUGUUCGUCAAUGGACAGAGCACAAGUCCCGCUAAAGAACUGUUUCCGGCUAAACUAAUGAACCUGCAUGGAUGCCCGUUGAAAUUAGCGACGUUUGAUAUCCCACCUUUCAUGAUGCUACGAUAUGGAGCCGACGGGAGAUUGCAGCAACUGGACGGAUUGGAUGGGAUUGUAACUCGUGUUCUCAGUCAGCGGCUGAACUUCACUUUGGAUGUAACCAUUGUGGAUCCUCCUGAGUGGGGGAUCACUGCCAAGCUGGGUCACUGCACCGGGACGUCCAGAUACGUUCGAGAUCGUAUUGUGAACUUCACCAUCGGAUACUGGUCGGUAACCCUCGGUAGGAACCGUUUCAUGGCGAGUACCUUUCCCUACUAUACGUCUCUUAUGAGUAUCAUUGCGCCGCCUGGUGAGCCGUACACCUCACUAGACCAACUGCGACUACCCUUUGAGUACAUUAUUUGGUGCUGUGUCGUCACAAUCCUUGUAAUCGCCGUAGCAGUGAUCGUGAUCAUCCACUUCCAAAUGCCAACAGUGCAAAACUUUGUGUUUGGACAAGCAAUAACCACCCCUACUCUGAACACCUUCAACAUCUUUUUUGGAGGAGCUCUCUCACGCUUACCAGCUCGCAACUUCUCCCGAACUAUGCUGGCCUUCUGGCUGCUCUACGGUAUUAUCAUUCGCACCUCAUACACCGCUGCAUUGUUUAAGUUUCUUCAACUGCAACCGAACAAAACCGUACCUCAAUUUAUCCCCCAGUAUAUCGCUGCUGACUAUCAGGUCCGAAUGGGACGUAACUACAGCUACGUAUUCGAAGCAUUCCCCGAAGUGUUUCCUUACCUUAAGCAGACAACUCUACAGGAGUUCAUCUACAACGAAGUCGAAGAGCUGCAGCAUCCGAACACACGCUAUGUGGUACUCGCACCAAUUGAAACGAUCUCCUAUCUGAAUCGUAUUUUGACAAAGCGCGGACAGAUACUGCGUGUCACCAGCGAUCGAGUGUAUCUCUCCAAGCUGGCGAUCUAUACGCAACGGUCCGCUCCGAUACUGCAUCCAUUCAACCAUUUGCUAGGACAUCUGUACGCAGCCGGACUGAUCGAUCAGUGGGCAUCGAAGUAUCACCAACCGGUGUUUCUCCGGGAGCCAACGGCACUGGAUGGACCAAGGAAACUUUCGGUCGCCCAGGUACUGGGAUGCUUCCAGCUGCUGGCGGUAGGACUGAUCGUUAGUUUGCUAGUGUUCGGUAUGGAGUGUGCUGUGGGGUACAGAGAACGGAGAGCGAGAAGAAGGAAACGGCAAGGUAGCGACUGCACAAAACGUGAACGAUCCUUCCCGUCGUGUAUGGAAAGCAAGACCUACGGUGAACCGAAGGUCCAGAUCCAGACACUAAGCAUUAAGUGUGGUCCUGGUAAGGUUAUUCGCAUGAGAAACCCUCUGAAGACUACAUCCUAUAAAAACGAAUCCGUGCUACAUGAUUCACAACAGAUUUCAGAAUCGGUCAUGCGAACAAGUGUGCCCUUGAUUUUUUCGCUGUUCGCAGUAUCGUUAGGAAUGCGAAACCUGUUAACCGGGUCGGAAUCACGAGCCCUUGAAAACAUUACCGUCACCAUUCUGCUGCAAGCUUUCCAGGAUCCCUUCGAAUCGGCAUUGAUUACGCAAAGAGCAGUUUCCGCACACAACGAAGAACUACAAGCGGAUUUGGUGAAUGACGUGAUCAAGCAGUUGAACGACUCUGUCACGGUACGACUGGACGAUGUUUCUAGUGAAGCCUUCCAGAGAUCUUGGACCAGGAACGCAUUCUUUGUUGAUAGUUAUGAGGCGUUCGAAGAACUGUAUCAAGAGUUCUCGAUAGAAAAGUACGAUUCUUCUGGGAAAUUUUUGAUUGUGUUUAGCGGCCAGGUGAACGAUUUAGUUGCAUUAGCAGUAUUCAAAGAUUUGUGGAGACUACAGAUUAUUAAUGUGGUGUUGGUCGGUAAUACUGAUCGUGUUACUAGGUUAUGGUCGUAUGAUCCGUAUCGGCAGGGAAGCUGCGGGGUAGUGAAUUUAAUCUCAGUAGAUGCAGCGGUUCACAUUGACGAUUAUUAUUCGGAUAAGAUAAGAACUUUCCAUGGAUGUACCUUUAAAGUUGGAUCAUUUGAAACCAGACCCUACACGAUUAUGGAUCGUUCGGAUAAGCUUAACCUACGAAUGAGUGGAUUCGAAGGCGACUUGUUAGACGUGUUGAAGGAGACACUCAAUUUCAAGGUGAAGAUCAUAGAACCACCAAACGGUGAACAGUGGGGUUACGCGUUAAAGCACAACAGUACCGGUAUCAUGCGAAUGAUUCAGGAAGAAGAGGUAGAUUUCGGGAUCUCUUGUCUAGGGAUAUCCGUUGCUAGAAAUGAGAUUUUGAAACCGGGAAUUGUGCACUACACCACUUCUCUGGUUCUGGCCGUACCUGGAGGACGUCCCUAUACUGCCUUUGAAAAGUUGUUCCAACCAUUCAAAGUACAAGUUUGGUUUCUGACAGGGCUUGCUGUCGUGUUAGCGAUGAUCGUAAUAACGUUUGUUGAGUCUAGGAACCGGUCAAUUAGAUAUUUUGUCUACGGGAAUAAAAUUCGGACACCCUAUUUGAACCUCGUUCAGGUAUUUUUCGGCAUAUCUAUGCACCUUACCCCGGCGAGAAAUUUCGCAAAAACUCUUCUCUUCUUGUGGAUCUACCUUUCCAUCAUACUGCGAAGUCUUUACCAGGGAGCAAUGUUCAACUAUCUACAGCAAGAAUCAAAAUGGCCUCCAUCGCAAACUCUAGCUGAAAUCGACCAAACCGAAGCCUUCUACUACGUUGUUGAGUCUGGAGAGCGCUACUAUGAAGCUUUUCCUAAUCGAUACCGGAGAGUACGUCACCUACCACAAGAACGGAACAACAUUAUCAAGCACCUGAAAUGGAUGAUGCACAAUCCUCAGUCCCGAGACGUUACGAUGGGUGCACUGGAUCACAUGGCCCACCACAACUUCCUGUACCGUCGGUAUGGCGGUUUCCUGCCCAUUUGCCGAGAGUUCAUCUCGACCUUUACGGUUGCGAUCUACUAUCCGAAAAAGUCGAUACUAACGAAGCGGUUCGAUGCACAGAUUCAACAAAUUCAGGCCGCCGGGCUGAUGAGCUACUGGAUAACUCGGUACGGGGACUAUGACUUCUUCCGGCGAACGAAGAAGGGUUCCGAGCUGAAGCGGUUAAGUAACGAGCACCUGUUUGUGGCGUAUAAAAUGGGCGGGAUCAUGUUGACUGUGAGUGGCUUCGUUUUCGGCUUGGAACUGGUUUCAGGAAAAAUUAGAGGUCUUCGGAUGGUGCUGGAUAGAUUCAGCGGUAUGGGGGAUUCUAGAGAGUGAUAUUCUGUAGGUGCUAUUUUUAAACUGGAUUGGGAACUGUCAAGUUUCCUGCUUCCAGAGGAUGUUAUUGCGGAGCUCAAGUUGAUCAAAAUAAA